AUUUAUGCAGUAAAAUGGCCGAUCCUACAAUUCAGACGCUAUGUUGCCACCAACAGAAUUCGACUGACAGAUCAGUGGCUAUUAUGUAUGAAUUUAAUACAAAUACGUACAAUUCAGUAUGUUUAUUUUCUUCCUUAAUUGGCAUCUUUGGAGCAAUAUAUCAGAUGAUACCUCGCAAAGAAACAAGUCUUAACCACAGAUGGUACUCAGUUUCUGCAACUCGAGGCAGACAGAUUGUGGUUUGGUUAGCAGUGGCUGAUUUCCUUGCAUCAUUAGGUGUCUUUGUACGAUCGGCAUUGUGGAUAAAUGACAGAAGCUGGCUGCAGCCCCCUGAUACCUCACAAAAUGUUCUUGCUUGUGCAGUUAUUUCAGCAUGGAUACAAUACUUUUACACAGCUACCUGGAUUUGGACCCUUUGCUAUGCUGUGGAUGUUCGUCUUGUCCUGAAAGAGCGUGAAGGGUACCCUGUGUGGUACCAUACUGCUUCUUGGCUAAUACCUGGAGUGCUCACAUCAGUUGGGCUCUCCAUAUUAUACAGUCCUGAUAUAAAAUGUCAUCAUUUGGGAUCCCUUACAGCAACAAUAUUGCGAAUACUGCCAAAUUAUAUAGCGACAUAUGCACCAAUGGCAGUUGUUAUGAUAGCUAAUCCUAUUCUCUAUGUUAGCACAACAAGAGAUGUUGAAAAUGUGAUAGCACGCAGCUUGAGCCAAUUUACAAGCAAAGAACGUAGCUUGGUUGAUGCAAUAAAACUUAAGUAUUGCUUCAUUAUUCUUGCAUUUUAUCUUUGUUGGCUACCCAACAUUGUGAAUGGUGUUCUUCUUUGGACACUUUGGUUUAAUCUUCCAGAAACAGUCAUUGUCGUUAUCUGGUACACUAUGGCUGUUGCAAAUCCACUCCAAGCAUUAUUCAACAGCCUCGUCUAUCGGCGGUGGUCUUCAGGUGGAGCCAGAGAACAACUGCAGAUGCCAUGGUCCCAACCGUUACCUACCUAUACACCAUCUCCACCAAACUUAAGCCCGAGCGCAUCAUGGAAUGGUCUGGCUGGUCCAGGUGAAGUGACACCGCUGUUACUUAGCCAGGAAUAUCUCACGAACCGCAGUGUCAAUGGAAAUUCCAUCAGCAGUACUGCCAGUUACAGUGCCAGUAGUACAUGAAGUUGAUUUAGUGAAGAAAAUUGUGCUUAAAUAUUUUUGCUUUAUGGGUCUUGUACCAAACUGUAACAAAAGCAACAUCUAGAAAUGCUGCUUCAUUACAUAGACACAGACGUAUGUCGUGGUACAUUCAGGUGAGAAGAGUGCAAUUUGUGCUGCAUUUUUAUCUCAGAUUUUUGCAUGGCAAUCAAAAUCAGGAAAUGAAAGAAUCUCAUAGCUCCUUGUAAGCUACACUAAUACUUGUGAUAUUUAUAUGGUACAAUUUUUACAACAUUUUAAUUGAAAUGUUUUAGAGGUAUUUUACUGGAAAAUUUGGUACUAUUUUUACAUAAUGUAUAUAACCUAACAGAUUUUUAAACAGAAAAGCAAUGUUAGAUGCCAUUAAGCUUCUGUACGACUCCAACACCAAGUGAUAUCUUACAGCUUUCAGAACAUACCUGGUCAAUUUUUUCCAUAAAGAUUCAUGUCGUAUGGUGUUCAACCAGCUGAAACAAUUUCUUCUACUGCUGUAUCAGUACUUUUUCGUGUGCGUGUUUUUUUUUUUCUUUUUUUUUAUGGAUUUUAUUGGGGGGGGGGGGGGAGAGAGAGAGAGAGAGAGAGAGAGAGAGAGAGAGAGAGAGAGAGAGAGAGGGGACAUAAUUUGAAAUAUGUGCCUUUGAUGCAAAGAUGUUUAAUCAAUGGCAGAUUUUUUACAAUGUAUUUUUGUAUUGUUAUACCAUUUAUACAGUAAAUUCUGUCUUUUAAAUUCAUGGUAUAGCAAGAGUAGUGUUUCCAUUUUUAAAAAAACAAUUUCCUUGUAAUUGUGCAAUAGCUUUAAACUACUGUAGUGUUGUUCUUUUAUAUAGAUUUGUAAAUCAGGCAACACAUUCCACAAUUUUUAUUUGCUUCCACUUUCUGUUCCAUUAACACUAUGUAAAUUGCCACUCUGUAAAUGAGGUGUAUUAAAUGAUAAUCAGAUCUCCUACGUUUUCGUGCCUGCUUAGGUUUCUGACCUAUUUUACUUUGUAUGCUAUCAGGUUCUGUUUGUGCACUUAUGAUGUAUUCACUGUGUAUUUUAGCUGUACGGUUAUGUAAUGUUUUCAGCUUAAGUUUUUAUAAAAACUACACCUUAAUGACAGCAUUCCUUUUUCUGAUUUUCUAGAAGUAUAGCUCAGAAAUUUCUUAUUA